GGCCAGAGAGGCAGGGGGAGCAGCAGGCAGGCCGAGAGAGCAGGCCAGGUCACACGUGAUCAGGAGCCGCUUCGUCCAACGCCGAGAAACGAUCUCACUGCCUCUGAAUUAAAACUACUCUUCCCCGAACGGAGAAGAUGGUGACGAAGAUACUGAUUCUUCUGGUUCUUGGAAUGAACUUCCUGUCUUGUGCAGGUUUCCCGGUGUAUGACUACGACCCGUCCUCCUUGCGGGAAGCCCUCAGCGCGUCCGUGGCCAAAGUCAACGCCCAGUCCUUGAGUCCGUAUCUGUUUCGAGCCUUCAGGGGCUCAAUUAAAAGAGUCUAUGUCCUGGACCAGGAUAGCUUGAGCAUGGACCUAGAGUUUGGCAUUCGGGAGACAACAUGCAGGAGAGAAUCUGGAGAAGACCCUUCUACCUGUGACUUCCAAAGGGGCUACUACAUGCCGGCAGUUGUUUGCAGAAGCACGGUGCAGAUGUCUGCCGAGCAGGUGCGGGACGUGUGGGUUCGCUGCCACUGGUCGUCCAGUUCUGAGUCUAACAGCAGCGAAGAGAUGGGUUUUGGGGACAUAUUGGGAUCCUCUACAUGGAGAAAUAUGUACCUAUUUGGUCUCAAUCCUGACAAGUCCAGAAGCGAACGCAGUGAACGGUCACUCGAGAGCCUGAGAAGGAUCUUUCCUCCCGGGAAUCGAGGGUACCCGUACAAGGGGCACAGAACAAGGACAAACGCUGGCUUUGAGUAACAGCCUCGAGGCAUAACCGUCGGGGCACCUGGGUGGCUCAGUCGGUUGAGCGUCCGACUUCAGUUCAGGUCAUGAUCUUGCGGUCCAUGGGUUUGAGCCCCGUGUCGGGCUCUGUGCUGACAACUUGGAGCCUGGAGCCUGCUUUGGAUUCUGUGUCUCCCUCUCUCUCUGCCCCUCCCCUGCUCAUGCUCUGUCUCUCUCUGUCUCUCAAAA